UUAUUUCUAAACCGCAAAAACAAUUUUCUGUUUGUGUUGUUUUUCUGCAAUAACUUUUUAUCUUAGACGCAGUUUCUUUUUGUUUUGUUUAAUUAUUAUUAUUAAUUUUUAUUAGCAGUAUUUUUCUCAUUAAGUCUUUGCAAAAUUUGGGAAGAAAGUUUAAAUAUGUCUUUGUCAAAAGUUACUCUCUUUACUUUAGCAACUCUGACUGUGAUAUCGACUCUUGUUGCAAAGCUUCAGAAUAUUGUUCAUGUUAGUAAUGACAUUGAAUAUGACGAUAUUAAGAAGCAAAUGGAAGACGACAUGUAUCCAGGCUCCAGUCUGAAGCAUACUGUUUGGUUUUUGCAAAUAUCAGAUUUACACUUAAGCUUGUUUCAUGAUCCUCAUCGCGGUCCAGAUCUGAAAAAAUUUUGCACAGAAACAGUUUCUAACAUAAAACCUUUUGUUGUUCUUGCUACAGGCGAUUUGGUGGAUUCAAGAACUCAGGAUCUUUUGGGCUCAGAACAAUUCAUCGAAGAAUGGCAGAUGUAUCAACAAAUUUUACAGGAAUCUGCUGUGACCAACAUGACAACUUGGCUUGAUAUCAGGGGCAAUCAUGAUAAUUUUAACGUCCUUACUUCAGAUGAUCGAAGUAAUUUUUUCAGGAAAUAUUCUGUACAAGGAGGUCAUCAUAGGCGCUCAUAUAAAUAUACAUUACUGCAUGAUUCUGAGUCAUACGAUUUCAUCGGCAUUGAUGCUUGCAUGAAUCCUGGCCCCAAACGACCUUUUAAUUUUUUAGGAGUACUUCAGAAAGAUGAGUAUGCUCACAUUCAAAGACUUCAGGAAGAGGCAAAGGGAAACAUGACCAUUUGGUUUGGUCAUUAUCCUACCUCCACUAUUAUUGCUCCCUAUCCAGGGGCUAGAGAAUUAAUGAGGUCAAGUGGUCCUUAUCUCUGUGGUCAUCUACAUACAUUUGGUGGCAUGAUACCACGCAUGUAUACUUUACAAUCAACUGGAAAUUUGGAACUAGAAUUAGCUGACUGGAAAGAUAACAGAAAUUAUCGUCUUUGUGCCAUCGAUCAUGGUUUAUUUUCUUUCUUCGAUAACCAUUUAGAAGAUUGGCCUGCAAUCUUGAUUACAAAUCCCAAAGAUGCUAUGAUGACCAUGCCUAUUGAACCAUUGUAUCGCAUAUUAAAAUCCACUCAUAUUAGGGUGCUUAUAUUUUCUCAAGAUCCUAUCAUAGUCGCUAAAGUGCAGAUUGAUGGUGAGGUAUGGAGAGAGCUGAAUGCAACCACCCCUCCUCUGUUUGUUACUACAUGGGAGCCUCUUCAGUAUAUGGAAGGAUUGCACACAAUCACUGUCUAUGCUAGGGACAGAGGUGGGCGUGAAAAUACUGUGAGUCACCAGUUUUCAUUAGACGGCACCCGGCCUCGAUUUCCCCUGGGUGCCAGAAUAGUUUUGAUGGGACACAUAUCAGUGGGUCAAGCAGUAUUCGGAAUAUCUUUGUUGUUCACUUUGCUGCCAUUAUGCAUUUUAAAGAUCUGUCUGUGCUUUGGAAAAGGUGAAACAAUAAAAAUCAAGUCUGAGUUAAAUUUUGUACGACGGUGGAUUUUUAAGUUGAGCCUUUUAGCUAGCAUUGAUGUUGUGUUUUGGCCUGUUGUUAUUGGAGCUUUGUAUGUUGCCAUUGGACCAUGGUUUGUUGGUUAUAUCAUUGAUUCUACUAUUGGUGUAUGCUUUGUGUGGGGCAUUUUUUUGGGUGGUACCUUCCUACCUGGAGGAUUGACUUAUUUUGCAGGAACCUUAUAUCUUCUUACGUUUUACAUACCCUUCAUAGUGUGCCUCUCACAUUGCCUGUACCACCAUUACAGAAGUGCUAUAAAUGCUUCACCGGGUCCAUGCAGCCUCUUCUUCUACUUCACCCGCCAUUGUUUCAUGCUGUUUUUUAUAUUGUAUGAAACAAUGUGGGCCCUCGUGUAUUUCUUCUCCUACGGGAGCCUGGCCCUUCUGCUUGGCUUCACUCAUUCCUGGUCAGUUCUUCUGGCCAUCAUUCUCUGGAGAGUUGUGGUGUCGCUGCCAGUGUCCAAGCUCACGGCCAUCGGACGCCAGAGACAAGUCGUCAGCACUCCUCUUCUACCAAAUGAUGGCAUGAAGCCGCUUAGCAUGCCCGUAGAAAAUGUCGCUAGCCUCAGUUGAUGUUGACUUCGAUUCUUGUUUAUCAUUCCACGUGAUUGUUGACCCUUCUUAUUUAUUAUUUUUUAUCACCUUAUAGUUAAUCGUUUAAAGAGAUUAAAUAAAUCAUUCUAUCACUACUUAAACUAUUUAGGAGAUCAAAUAUACGUUAAUUAUUACGCAGUGGAACCUCGAUCGAUUGUUUCUGUUGGACCAUUAAUUGCGAACAAUACAUGCAGGAAAUGCUACCGCCAUGUAGGUCAGCAUUAAAUAUUAAGUGACCUGAAAAGUUAUUUUGAAAAAUAAUGCACUUUAAAAUUAAUAAGUUUACAAUGUUAAAGAAUAAAGGACAUUUAUUUAUUUUUU